AUGAAUAUUAAUCGUCUAGGUGAAGGAAUGAUGGAAGAAAGUGGUGAUCGACUACUCAAUACAUUUCGAAGUCCAUUUUGGCUUGAUGAAAGCCACUGGUUUGUUCAAUGUGAUGGGAAUCCAGACACGGGUGUUCUUUCUCUUUACAUUUUACCGUAUGCAUUCAACGAGAGUGACGUCAGAGAUUCAUUACUCGAGAAGUCCACCUGUUCUGAGUGGAAGAACAAACGAUCAUAUAAUCGUGUACGUCAACUAACAUACAGUGUUUCGUCUUCAACACGUUCCCAACUACCUAAUAGACAACUUUACAAUUUAGAAAAACUUCGUAUACGAUUCCCUGUCAGUGACCAUUUCUGGGCAAUGGUUCUGACUUUUGAUCGCUUAACUUGGUUCGAAAUAAUACUGAGUAACGAGAGUCAAGAAUGUACAAAUGAGUUUGAAUUCUUACUGUCUCGUGCAUCUCGUAUACCAUUACUAGCUAUCCAGAAGAUGAAUUGGAGAGACGAUCCUUUACAAAAUCUACCAUUAGAAGCCUGGAAUGCAUUGAUAAAACAGAUCAAUCUAUCAGCACAGGAUUCAUGCGAUGAACAACAAUGUGUGAGAUUAAGUCGUUCCUCUCUUUCUUUUAUAUUGUGA